GGGGAAACAUGGGGGCGGUGAUUUUGAGGACAGGCGCGAGAGCGGUUGCUCUCCUGCUUUCCUAGAAUUAGGGUAUAGGCGGGCAGGGGUAGGCCAUGUAGAAAUCCGUACGUUACAGUAAAUAAGAAGGAAUCAUGGAAAUACAUCGCAGAGAGGGAUGAAAAGUGAGUCAUCAUUAAACAUUUGGGCAGGUAUUAAAUGUUAGUGACAAAAGGAGUAAGAGUUUCGGUAGUAAGAAAAUGGAACACAAAUAUGUGCCCCCUCUUCGGGGAAUGUUGCUGAAAGUCCUUUAAGGAUCCCACGUUUUUUUACUUGGACUGAGGGAGGGAAACGGCCCAAGCAUCCGAAGUUUUUUAAAAAACCUGAAAGCUAAUUUUGCAUUAUCCAAUACGUAUUUGGCUAAGUAGGAUGCGUUUUCACGGUGCUACAGCGUUCCAGAAGUAAUCUAGGUAGUUGUUUUUUUCCCCUUUCCCUUAACAGCGUGAAUGUAUCUCUAUCCACGUUGGACAGGCUGGAGUUCAGAUUGGUAAUGCUUGUUGGGAACUGUACUGUCUCGAACAUGGAAUACAACCUGAUGGUCAGAUGCCCAGUGACAAAACCAUAGGAGGGGGCGAUGAUUCCUUUAACACUUUCUUUAGUGAAACAGGAGCUGGCAAACAUGUGCCUAGGGCUGUCUUUGUGGACCUUGAGCCAACUGUGGUUGAUGAAGUACGUACAGGCACUUAUAGACAGUUAUUUCAUCCUGAGCAACUCAUAACUGGGAAAGAAGAUGCAGCUAACAAUUACGCUAGAGGACAUUAUACCAUAGGAAAAGAGAUUGUUGAUCUAGUACUAGAUCGCAUUCGCAAGUUGGCUGAUCUGUGCACAGGUCUCCAGGGUUUUCUCAUUUUUCAUAGUUUCGGUGGAGGCACUGGCUCUGGGUUUGCAUCUCUGCUCAUGGAAAGACUUUCAGUUGACUAUGGCAAAAAGUCCAAAUUGGAAUUUGCAAUUUACCCAGCUCCACAAGUAUCUACUGCUGUAGUGGAGCCUUAUAAUUCUAUCCUUACUACACACACAACACUGGAACAUUCUGACUGUGCAUUCAUGGUAGAUAAUGAAGCUAUUUAUGAUAUAUGUCGACGCAAUCUUGACAUUGAACGGCCUACUUACACCAAUCUAAAUCGUCUCAUUGGUCAGAUUGUUUCAUCCAUCACAGCUUCACUCCGUUUUGAUGGUGCUUUGAAUGUAGAUCUGACAGAAUUUCAGACAAAUCUUGUCCCAUAUCCACGAAUCCAUUUCCCUCUUGCAACAUAUGCACCUGUCAUCUCAGCUGAAAAGGCAUACCAUGAGCAGUUGUCUGUAGCUGAAAUUACUAAUGCCUGUUUUGAACCAGCCAAUCAAAUGGUAAAGUGUGACCCUCGCCACGGUAAAUACAUGGCCUGCUGUAUGCUGUAUAGAGGUGAUGUGGUCCCAAAAGAUGUUAAUGCGGCUAUUGCUACCAUCAAGACAAAGCGUACCAUUCAGUUUGUGGAUUGGUGUCCAACUGGAUUCAAGGUGGGCAUUAACUACCAGCCACCCACUGUAGUGCCUGGAGGGGAUUUGGCCAAGGUGCAACGUGCUGUGUGCAUGCUGAGUAAUACAACUGCCAUUGCAGAAGCUUGGGCUCGUCUUGACCAUAAAUUUGAUCUGAUGUAUGCUAAGAGAGCCUUUGUACAUUGGUAUGUUGGAGAAGGAAUGGAAGAAGGAGAAUUUUCUGAAGCUCGAGAGGAUUUGGCUGCCCUUGAAAAAGAUUAUGAAGAAGUGGGUGUUGAUUCUGUGGAGGCUGAGGCUGAAGAAGGAGAAGAAUACUAAAAAAAAGCAAUAUCAGAUGAUAAAUGUUCCAAAAUAUUUUCAUACUGGAGUUCCCUUGUUCAGUUUCAAAUAAACUUUUAAAUGUUCUAGCAAGUUUGAAUUAAUAAUUACUAUUUAGAAUGAAAUUCACAUCUUUCUACAAAAAGUUUCCACAAAACCUCUCUGAGGAAACUUGAAAAGUUUUAUGUCUAUGCUUCCAGAUAGGGAAUAUUCCUUCCUGCCCUCCUACUCUUCAUAGCUGACAUUUGAAAGCAUAUAAAAUAUAUUGAAAAGAAAAUGGUUAAAAUUUUACUGAAUCUUAACACUUAACAUGUAUAUCUUUAUAAUAAAACUCAAGCAUAACAGGCAAGUUAAGUUGACUGUACCUUCAGCUAGUGUUAUUUAUUUGCUCAUGUUUUCUAGGUCACAGCUUAUCCACA